UUGCCAAUUUCAGGUCGUAAAUCGAAAACUUCUAAGACGCAAAUCAAUUAAAAUGGCAGCGAAUGUUUCGAUAGCAUCGUACUCCAAGGAAUCAACGGAUUCUAAAAGUGAAAGAGAAACCAAUAUAAGGGCAUCUUGCGAAAAGGAAGAAACUGAUUUUAAUCUUUGUCCUUUUGAAUUAUUAUGGUCUUUUGGGACAAAUUCAGAUAUACCUAUAAUAAAUUUAACCACAAAAAAUCGUACGAUCAUCGCUUAUGCCUGUUCGCAUGUUAUAAUAAUCUACAACUAUAAGACUAAAGACGCGAUAAGUCUUCAAGGUCAUAAGAAUACGGUGACAACUUUAUCGACAUCGAAAGAUGGAAAAUGGUUGUUGUCCGCAGAUUUUGAAAAAGAUUGUGUAACUGUCGUUUGGGACACCGAAACUGGUGUACCAAUCUCGACUUUAUUUAAUCCACAUGGUGAUAAAGGAAUGACCGCUGCUAAAAUUAGCCCAAACGCCAAGUAUAUAGUAACUGUUGGAAACGAAUUUCACCAAAAAGUUCAGUUUUGGCUAUGGACGUAUGGGAAAGACCAACCUGAUGCUUUUACGGAGUUAACUGAACUUUUUUCAAAUAGAAUAAAGGAAAUAGCUUUCAACGAAGACUGUUCCGAGGAGUUUGCUUUAACUGCCGAUUACUGCGUUGCAUUCCUUAAAUGGCAACGACAAACGGUAUUGUUUUUACAUCUUCUUUAUACCCGUUAUUCCAUUUUGUUUAUACUCUCGCAAAGUUAUUACACAUACUUAUAUAUGAUCUGCCUAUAUGUGCAGAUUGCAACUUGCAGUUCGAUCUUUGUCAGAAAGAUUGAUAUUCCAUACUUAUGUGUAGGAUACGUUCUGGUUUGGGCUUUUGUCGAGAGACAGAAAAAUAAGAGCAAAGAUCAGAGUGCAGCUAACAACAAGGAAAAGAGACACAUCAAGUCUGUGCAGUUAGAGAAAAACAGUAUUACGGUGAUACUAUAUCACGAUGGAAGGAUAGUAACAGGAACUUCGGAAGGGCGCAUCAGCUUUUACGAUCUUGAUUUAAAAAUACUCUACUGGUGUCAACAUAAACUUUUGGAUUCUAUUCGAUCGAUAAGUUUUGAUCUUUCGUCCACAUUAUUAGCUCCCGUGUCUGCAGUCGGUGAAUUUAAACUUGAAUCUGACGAAGAAGAAGAUUUCGAGAACGAAGAAGAAAUGGAAGAAUACUCGGAAAUUAAAUUAGAAGAUAAUAUUGACGAGAGAAAAGCGAAAUAUAUAGAAAAAAUAGAAUCGAUGAAGUAUCGUGAUCAAGUUCCAUCGACGAUGUCUGUAUAUUUGGAAGCAACAUCGAUGAAUUACAAUAAAAAUCACCAAGCAUUUACAAAAUUACCUCACGCGCCUACCGAUGCUACUGUCGAAAGUGCUCCUUUCUAUAUCGAAAAUUUCAUUAUCGGUUGUUUGAGUGGAAUAGUUGCGUUGAUAGAAAUUCCUACGUUAAAGUGCCGAUUUAUCUUUCAAGAUCAGAACUUUGCGAUAACCAGUUUAGACGCGCAUCCUCGAAGCAAUUUUAUAGUCAUCGGUAACUUACAAGGUUUCGUCUCUUUAUACGAUUACGAGAGACACAAGCGCAUCGUAUGCAGGAAGACCCCACCUCUUCCAGAUUUUCAUAUACUAUUGGAUAAGCAAGUGAAUCUUUUGUCAACUAUGAUCUUUCAUGAUAUUUUCAAAUAUACAGACCGGACGAUUUUCAAUGUAAAAUGUUUCGAUGAUUUUCAAGGUAAUUUACUAGCAUGUGGCCUUGAGAAUGGAGCCCUUUGGAUGUUGCAUCCUCUCACUUUAGAACCUCUUGAUAAAAAUCCUUACAAACAUUCCACGGAAUCGAUACUUAAAUUGGCUUUCACAGAGUGCGGAGAAUACAUGGCUUAUGCGGAUAACACAUUAGUGGUAGCGGUAUUUAAAAAAAUAGAUGAUUCGCCAAGCGGUUCCCGUUUAUGGGAUUUUAUUGGAAAGUAUCAUUCUCAUACUGCAAAAAUAAGAGAUAUACUUUUCGGGCCAGCUACUAUCGAAAGCGUCGUAUAUCGUUUUUUUUCGGUAGGAGAAGAUCGGUACCUAAUUGAGUACGAUCUUAAAAAUAGUGGGCCAUAUCCUUUUCCUGGUUUGCAGAUAACGAACACUUACCAAAUUGAAUGCGAUGCUAUUCCUCUUUGUCUCGCUUGGUACCCUAACUUGGGCGUUGAAGGAUUUCUGAUGUACUCUAAUUCCGAAGUAAUAAUCUGGUUAUCUUUUUACAAAUACAGAUUGCUGAACGAUAUAACGAAAACAAUUCGAGGAACAUUUUUGGGACCGCUUUGUGAUACCCCGGUUAAGCAUUUCAAAGUACUGUCUGGUAAAGAAUAUAAAGCUGGUAAAUACAUGGUAUUUGCAACUAAUAAGGAAAUAGGUCUUCAAAUACUUCCUUUCGAUGGGAAUCCUUACAAGAUUUUAGGAAUGAUAGGGCAUCCACGCAAGGUAAGAAGCGUCAUGUACAGUUUCUCUGAUUUUGAUAUAUCACUACGUAUAAAGAGUGUCUCGUACUGUGUGGGACCAACAUUAGGAACAUAUUCAACACCUGAAAACUACAAGGUCAGUAAUAUUUGUCUUAGCAACGAUGGGAACAUUUUAUUCACUUCUGGUUAUAAUGAUCCGUGCACACUGAUGUGGAAAAUAAAAUGCAGGUCUGUCGAUGUAUUAGCGCAUUUAGGAGGUAAAGGACUUGCACCGUAUUAUUGUCUGCUAGAGGGUGGUGAGAAAGGUUGGCUUAUCAAUGAAAUGAAAGACCUGUUUUAUUAUGCUCAAAUCUUACAUCAAGGCGAGAAUGUAAUAGCUCCCAGAUUAAUCUCCGAUAAAGUGAACACUAAAGAAGUACCGAAUCUCAUGCGAGGCGUUGGAUAUUAUCCCAGCAACGAGGAAAUAGAAAUCCUUAUGGGCGAAAUCUCGUAUAGAGAUUACGCGGAGACCGGUCAUUUAAUCGAAGAAAUUAAAUUCGAAGAUUUUGUCAAAUUUUAUAUAAAUCAUCGGCCGGCUUUCGGAAUUUCACUGCAUCAAAUACAAGAAGCUUUCCGAGUCUUUGCAAAUUCAGAUCAAAUCCCUGCUUCGCAAGUGGAGAAUCCAGCGUUGACUCGAGAACAGUUUAUGAGAAUAUUGUUUGGCGAAGGUCCUUCCGAUUUUUCUAUACAAAAUGGCAUACCUUUUGGAGAACCAUUAAAAAUUCAAGAGGCAUUUGCAUACAUGAAGUUUCUUGUUGGUUUUAACGAGAAUUUGGAUGAAAUAUACAACGAUCGAAACGAAAAGAAAUCCACAUCCAUUGAUUUUACGUUCUUACCAGAGGUAUCCUCGUUAAAAACAUGCACAAAACAUGCAAAUACGAAACAAUUUAGGCUCGCCGAAAGUAAUGUAUUAUUAUUUAUAAUACAGAGAAUAUCUUACAAAGAUUUCAUCGCGGACAUCAUGGGUAUUGAAUUGCCGGAGGAAACGAGGGCUGACGAUGAUUAA